AUGAAGCAUGACUUAAAUAAUAAAAAGCCAGGGACGAAAAGUUUUAUAAACAAGAUCACAGGACCCCUGAAAAGUUGCAAGGUUUACAUAUUGAAUCAGCUUAGUACCAUUCUAGGAGUAACAAUUAAAAAAUUAAGAAGUACCAACGAAGGAGUUCAAAACGUCCAAGGAUAUACAACACAGGAUAAUUUAAUAAGUGGAUGUUAUGAUGAUGAAGAUGAUGACGGCGAGGACGAUGAAUAUAAUGAUGACCAGGAGAACGAAAAUGACGGUGAAGAACAGGAUAAAAACAAAAAUGACGGUGAAGAACAGGAUAAAAGCAAAAAUGACGGUGAAGAACAGGAUAAAAACGAAAAUGACGGUGAGGAACAGGAUAAGAACAAAAAUGACGGUGAAGAGCAGGAUAAAAACGAAAAUCACGGUGAAGAGAAGGAUAGAAACGAAAAUGACAGUGAAGAGCAGAAUGAAAACGAAAAUGAUAAUAUGGAAAAAGGAUUAGGUGAUAGUUCCAUGACAAAAGUUAACAGUGAUAUGAAAGGUGAAGGAUCAAACGACAGUCUUGCUAAGGUUGAUUUGGAAAACGCACAGGAAAAUAAGCCAAAAGAUAGCUUUACAGAACAAGAUGAAGAAGAUAUGAUCAAAAAAGAAACUGAUGAAAAACCUAUGGAAAACCCCGAAGAUGCCAAUAAACAAGGAACCCUCGAUAAUGACGUAAAAGAAAAUAUAAUGGAAAAAAAAAAUGAAAAAAGUAGCAAAACAAAUGAAGAAGUAAAACGUGGAGAAAAUGUGACAGUAGAACGUGACACAGAAGGACAGUCAAAGUCAGAAACCGGUGAAGAAUUAAAAGGUGAAAAGGGUGGAUCGUCGGAACGUGGAACGGGGGAAAUAACAAAACGUUCAACUGCCGGAGCAACGGAAGGAGCAACCGGCGGAGUAGCAGAACGUAAAGAAAUUGGAUCACAGGAACGUGAAACGGGCGGAGUAACAGAACAUGAAAACAAUGAACCAUCGAAAGAUGCAAUCGGAGGAGUAGUGGAAAGUGAGGCCAACGGACUAGCCAAAAUUUAUAACAGCGGAGUAGCAAAACGCGAAACAACGGGUGUUCCUAAACGCGAAACAUCGAGGCAAGGGAAACUCCAAAAAAACGGACCAACGAAGGACAAGACAAAUGAAGAAUUAAUGAAUAUGACACAGAAAACGAAUGCCGAAAUAAAUCAACAUAAAACGAAAAAAAUCCUAAACCUUAAAAAUAUAAUUUCAAAAGAUAAAGAAAACGGUGAAAAAGAUGAAAAUGUUCAUGAAUCAAAAAAGAACGAACUAACAGAAGAAUGGAAAGUUAAUGAAUGGAAUAAAUGGAUGCGUCAAUUAGAAGAACAGUGGCAUUUUUUUUUUAUAACUCUGGAAAACAAAACAAACGAAUGGCUGAAACAAAAAGAAGAAGAUUUUAAAACAUGGAUAACAGGAAUGGAAACUAAAUGGAUGAACUACAACCACAAUUUGGAUACAGAAUAUAACACUGAUCUUUACAAAAAGUAUCAAAUGUGGUGUGAAACUGACUGGAAAAAAUGGAUAACAACAGUUGGAAAAAGACUAAUCGAAAAAGAUUGGAUUAAGUGGAUAGACGAUCAUGAAUGUAAAUUGAAUGAAUGGUUUGACCGUGAAUGGUCCCAAUGGAAAGCCUUAAAGAAUUUUGAAUGGGAAAUGAAUGAAUGGAAAAGUGAUGAAUAUGAACGUUGGGAAGAAUGGAAAAAUAGCAAUUUGACCCUGUGGCUACAGAAAAAAAAAAAAAAAAAAUAUUUAACAUGGAAAAACAGGAUCGAAAGGGAAAGGUCGGAAUGGGACAAAUGGGUUCAAUCAAAACGUGUGUUAAAUUUAAGAAGUAAAACCCCUAAAUGGAUAAAAUGGAAAAAUGAAAAACGAUUAUUAUUUAACGAAUGGGUGGAAAACUUUAUAAACCUAUGGAUCACCAAGAAGCAGUGGCAUUCAUGGGUUUUAGAGAGACGAAAUGUACUGUCCGGAAAGGCACCGUCUUCCUAUUAA